AAUUUAUGUUUUAAAGAUAACGAAAAGGUCGUUGAGGAUUUAUGUGAUUUUGUGGAGAACACUCAUAAUGAGAAUGAAAAUAGUAAUGCGAGGAAGUUUCCUGAUUCGCGUACUCUCGGGCUUCCGACAGCAUUGGUGUUUUCAGGCAAGUAUCCAUAUUGCUUUGACCAAGCACAGUUUUUUGAAGGUGUCUCCUAUGAACUUUCACUGGACCAACAAAAUCACGUUGUGUCUCUUGACCCAACUCAUUGUACUAAUUUAAAAGCAAUGAUGAAGAAUACAGUUGGAAAAUUUUUGGGCACGACGUUGCCUUGUGAUGAUAGUGAUGAAGAAGAUGAAGAAUUUGAUUCCAGCAAUAACUUUGACACAAAAACAGAAAUUGUUAACGAACAAGAUCAAAACGAUGAUACUAUGAAUGAGGAUGAUAACGAUGAGGUAUUAUACAUCGAAGUAUGCAUUAUUGUCCGCGGGCAAUUUUUAUUCAUGGUAUCAAUUGUUUUUGAGAUGGGAAUUAAAGAUAACAUAUUAAUACGUAUAUUCAUCAAGGAUGCGGAAGAUUCAAUUGUCUAUUCGAUCGAUGAUAUAAUUGACAUGGAUUCUUUGGCCCAAUGGUAUGAAUUCAGUUUUCGAACGAAAACCGAUGGCCUGGGAUCCUUAUUAAAACUUGUCGUUUUGAUUCAGGAUGUUGAGUGUAUUUCACCUUCAGUCUUCGAAGGCUACAUACACAUUUGCAG